UAUUGUGUUACGAAGGAGGUAACACCUAUUUUUGCUCACUACUAUUUUGAAUUACUUUUGGAAAUAGCACUUUGGGACAUUUCAUGUUUUUCUGCGAUUUUCACCUGUAAAUAUUUUUCACUAUGCAUCUUGUUUUGGGCAAAUAAACGGAGAGAAAACAAUAUCAGUCGACUACGCCAUCAUCUUUGGUCUCUUAAGGAGUUGAAGCAGAACCCCCGUGACAUUUGGUGUCAGAAGUGGGAUGGCUAGUCGAAAAAGAUUUGGUAAUCUCCCAAAACAGCGCACAGGGCUGCGUUCUCAGAGGCGACAGCAGCAGGAGGACGUAGCGGCAGAUGAGGCUGACCCGGCCUGGGAUACCGUUGAGGAUGAUGAGGGAAUGGCGGGAGCAUGGGCGGCAUCUGCAGCCGAAGCAACAGCAACAGGUGGACUAGAGCCAGAGUUACUGACCAUGAUGAGACACUUCCUGGCAGCACAGGACAGAAGAGAGGAGGAUCUAUUGGCAGAGAUCCGAGGCCUGAGAAUGUCUCUUCCACCGCGACCACCACCUGCUCCAUCCCUACCGGUCCCAGCAACACCAAGUACAGUCACAGCAAGCAGCCCCAGGCUUCAACUGCCAACACCAGCUCCCCGGCGUGGCCACCUGGAGACACCGUCAGAGGUACCUUCCCUUCGGUUCUCUGAUGCACACGACAGAGGUGAGCUGCAAAGGCCAGAGUGGAGACUGUAUGGGGAACCCAAGAUACCACCAUAUCAGAGAGGUGAAGACAUUGAAAAUUACUUGUUACGCUUUGAACGCAUAGCCAAAACGUGGCAAUGGCCAGAGACUGAGUGGGCCUGUAGACUCGUUCCACUGCUCUCAGGGAAGGCAUUGGAGGCCUACACAGCCAUGGAUGAGGAGAGGGCCCACUACUACCAUGACUUGAAGGCUGCACUGCUAGCCAAGUUUGACAUCUCCCCGGAGACCUAUCGGCAGCAGUUCCGGUCGACGAUGGUACCGCCGGGAGAGAACCCAACAGAGACCUACCACCGCCUCAAGGGUCUGUACCGACGCUGGAUCCGGCCGGAGCAGCGCACCAAGGAGGAGGUUGGCGAGGCUAUCAUCCUGGAGCAGCUACUCUGCGUGCUACCAUCGGAGGUGAGGACCUGGGUGAAGGAGCAUGAGCCAGCAGACGGUCUCACAGCGGCCAAGCUGGGUCUACAAUACCUCAACGCCCGCAGAGGAGGACCACCUACACGACAGAGUGCAGCGACCAGACCAGCACUCCUGCCACUACCACCCAGACACGCCAGGAGGGAGAGUCCUUCUGGACUGGGUAACACCAACCAAUUCACAGCACAUCUGGCAGCUGGUAAGAGCUUUGUUUGUUAUUACUGCCAGCAGCCAGGCCACAAAGCUUCUGUGUGCCCCAUACGCAAAGCUAAGGUCACCGGUGCUUGCUAUGCACCACGGUUGGAGGCUCCACUGGAGACUUCUGGGGAAGGAAGACUCCAACGGUAUAAAACUGUUGUCAUCAAUGGUCAACAAGUAACAGCCCUGUUGGACAGUGGUAGCUUCACCUCAUGUAUAAGGCAACAUCUUGUGCCAUUAGCAAGCUGUGAUUACACCAGAACUGUGGACAUUAUGUGUGUACAUGGGGAUGAACAUAAAUACCCCACAGCAGAUUUGACUGUUAGUAUUAAUGAACAGCCUUACAUGUUAAAUGCCGGUGUGGUGGAGAAAUUACCAGUGGAUGCCCUGCUAGGUUGGGACCUACCAGUUCUUUUGGAUUUACUGCUGGAAACAGAAACACCAGUAGAAACAGACUCUGGGGAAAAUGGUGGUGGUGGUGUUGUUGAGGGGAAUGUUACUUGCCCAGUAAUUACCCGAGCCCAGGCAAAGACUGGUGUCCCACUGCUCACCGACUCUGACAAUAGUCUGUGUGAGGGUGGCACUCCAGAGCCAAAAGCUGAGGCCGCUGAAGCCCAACCUCUCUCAGACUUUGACAAUAGUUUGUUCGAGGGUGGUACAAAGGGCCUAAGAAAAUCCAGACGUCAACGACGCUUCGAAAAACAGCUAAGGUCAGCAGUGCCUGAUAGCAAAAACCUGUUGUCUAGCACAAUGUGGGAUGUACCUGACAAUAUUUCUAUGUUGCAAAGUGGAGAUGACACUCUAAAAAAUCUUUUUGCUAAGGUAACAAAUGGAAACAGUGUGGGGGAAAAAUUUAUGGUUGAUGAGGGGGUGUUGUACACAAUUGACAAUGAUCACAAGCGUCUAGUAGUGCCUGUCCAAUGUAGAGACAUCAUUAUGCACCUUGCACAUUCACUACCAUGGGCUGGACAUCUUGGUCGCCACAAAACAUAUCUGCGCGUCAGUUCACGUUUUUACUGGCCCUCCAUGUACACUGAUAUUCAGAAAUACUGCGCUACAUGCCCCACCUGUCAGAAAUCAUGCACUACCCGUAAAUCUGACAGAGCAUUUCUGCGGCCACUUCCUGUCAUUUCAAUUCCAUUCCGUAGAAUCGCCAUGGACAUUGUGGGCCCUUUGCUGAAAAGCAGUGGGGGUCACCAAUACAUUUUGGUCGUGUGUGACUAUGCUACCCGGUUCCCUGAAGCUUUUCCCCUACGCACAAUCACUGCACCUGCUGUACUGCGAGCACUAGUGCAGCUCUUCUCAAGAGUGGGGAUCCCAGAUGAAAUUCUGACCGAUCAAGGGACUAAUUUCACCUCCAAGUUGUCACAGCUAUUUUACAAACAGCUGGGCAUAUCACCCAUUAAAACCACGCCAUACCACCCACAAACUGAUGGUCUGGUGGAACGUUUUAACCAGACGUUGAAGAGAAUGCUACAAAAGUUUGUUGAUGACACAGGCAAGGAUUGGGACCGCUGGUUGCCUUUCCUUCUCUUCGCCUACCGUGAAGUUCCCCAGGCAUCAACUGGUUUCUCCCCGUUUGAACUGCUGUACGGUUGGGACGUCCAGGGGCCAUUGGAUCUGCUUCGAAAGCACUGGGAGGCCCCAUCUUCCAACUUACAUGACAGAGGGGUAGUGCAGUACGUGCUGGAAAUAAGGGAGCGGUUGGCCAGAUACCAGGAGGAGGCAGAGGUCAACCUGUCUGAAGCUCAGAAACAUCAGAAGACCUGGUAUGACCAACAGGCUCGACACCGGGAGUUCCAGCCAGGCCAGAAAGUCUUGCUGCUUCUGCCAUCAUCGAAUAACAAACUUUUGGCCAAAUGGCAGGGCCCAUAUGUCAUUACACGGAAGAUGGGCCCAGUCACGUAUGAGGUACAUCAUCCUGAGAAGAAGAAGCCAAGGCAAAAGUACCAUGUCAACCUUCUGAAGGAGUGGAAGGAGCGUCCAGCCUCCAUUUCCAGCCAGGUCCUGAUGGUAAGGAAGGUGGAGACAGAAGAAGAGCCGGACACAGGAUUGGAAACCCUGGCAACAUCUGCUUCUCCGGUGCUAACUCAUCUCGAACAGCAACAAGCAACCCAACUCCUCCAGGUUUUCAAGGAGACCCCUACCUUGUUCACUGCCAACCCCGGGAAGACGUCAUAUGUUGAGCAUGCCAUCCGUUUAAAGGAUGGACAACCCAUACGCCAGCGUCCCUACCGGAUUCCACAGCAUCUGGUGGGAAAAUUACAGCAGGAGGUGGAGGAGAUGCUUAGACUUCAAGUGAUUGAGCCAUCCAACUCAGAGUGGUGUAGUCCAGUGGUCAUCGUUUUCAAAAAGGAUGGAUCGCUGCGGAUAUGCAUUGACUUUAGGAAGCUCAAUUCCAUUUCUGAGUUUGAUGCCUACCCUAUGCCAAGGAUUGACGAUUUACUGGAGAAGAUCGGAGCAGCCAAGUACAUCACUACCUUGGACUUGUGCAAGGGAUACUGGCAAGUACCAUUGGUGAGGUCAUGUCGACCAUAUACUGCCUUCCGAACUCCAGCAGGACUUUACCAGUUUACCGUGAUGCCUUUUGGACUACAUGGGGCACCUGCUACAUUCCAGCGAUUGAUGGACAAGGUACUGGAAGGUUGUGACCACUGCAGUGCUGCCUACCUGGAUGAUGUGGUUAUCUUCAGCGACAACUGGGAGGAGCAUGUGUGUGAUCUAGCACUGGUCCUGGGGAAGAUUCAGAAAGCUGGACUGACACUCAACCUCCCCAAGUGUGAAUGGGCGAAACGGGAAACAAGUUACCUAGGAUAUCAACUGGGCCGAGGAGAGGUGCGCCCACAAGUGGAUAAGGUUGAAGCUAUCCAGAAAUGCCCUCGUCCUCGAACAAAGAAAGAGGUACGGUCCUUUCUAGGAUUGGCCGGAUGGUACCGAAGAUUUGUGCCCCAAUUCGCAACCAUUGCCGCCCCACUCACUGAGUUGACCCGUAAGGAUCAGAAGAACCUGGUGAAUUGGUCAGAUGACUGUGAGGCCGCUUUCAGCACCUUGAAAGCUCACCUGUGCUCUUCCCCAGUUCUCCGGAGUCCAGACUUCAAACAGAGGUUCCUGGUGCAAGUGGAUGCAUCUGCCAUUGGUCUAGGAGCAGUGCUAGCCCAAGGAAUUCCGGGAGAGGAGUGUCCAAUCUUGUACCUGAGCCGCAAGCUCCAGCCACAGGAAACAAGGUACUCCACGGUGGAAAAAGAGGGCCUUGCCAUUAAAUGGACACUGGAGAGCCUCAGAUAUUACUUAUUAGGACGGGAGUUUGACUUAGAAACGGACCACCGAGCACUGACCUGGAUCAACACCAUGAAAGACCACAACAGUCGCCUGACUCGAUGGUACCUCUCCCUCCAACCUUUCAGAUUCAGCAUCCGUCACCGCUCUGGGAAAAUCAAUGUGGUAGCAGACUGCCUUUCCAGGUUGCCGUACACUGACAACCUCCCAGAGGAGGGGGAUGAUGUGACGGAGUGACAUCGUAACUAAUGGCACACACACACUGUUGCGGCUUCCAAACACAAACCUUUUAGCCGCUGAGAGUCUAUGAGGUUUGGGUCCUCAGGUACGUAGAUUUGUAACGCGCUAUAGUAGAUUAUGAUAAAGAUACGCUGAGAUCCAAAUAUGCUUAGGUGCAUUUAUUGUAACAAACAGCGCAGCAAGGAUGGAUAAACAUAAAAAUGAGACU